AAUCAGCACCUUCACUUUAUCAACGCACAGUCAACAAAAACGUUUUAAGGCAUCAAUUGCGUUAAAUUAACUAAGAAGCUUCUUGCUUCAAAAUUCCCUUUCGUUCUUGUUGGUCAAGAUGCUCAACCAAGUUGCAGUCGAGGCUCUUUAUUCGGCCACGUAUUUAGAAAACUACCUUGACAGUGUCGAGAACUUGCCCAACGAUCUCCAACGACACAUUUCCAGAAUGAGACAGCUGGACGUCGACUUCCAAGCCAUUCUGCGGGACAUUGAACACUACAGCGACGCAAUCCAAAAGGGUCCAGAGGCGCAAGAAAAUCAAGCAGAUUCAGGUGAUGAAAAACCAAGUGGCUCUGGCUUGACAGCCUCUUCUGGGGGGAAUGCAGGUCACUGGAGGAAGCGGCUUUUGCAAAAAGUUCAGUCUGCCCUCAUAUCUUCAUUAGAAAUAGGAGAUGAAAAACUGCAAUUGGUGCAAACAAUGCAGGAUGUGGUGGAAAAUAAAUCAAGACAACUAGAAACUGACUGUAAAGCAUUAGUUAUUACAGAGUUUAGUAAAGACAGAGAAUCAACUGACUGCCCAAAGGAUUAUACUCCAAACAGUCGGGAGGUGAGUUCAGCAACUGGAGGAACUGCAGGCAAUACAGGAGAAAGAACCAAAAGAGCAAGAAGAGCACGCCCAGAUGAUCGUGAUUCUCCAGUCCCCACUACACCAGUAAUUGUUGCUCCUUCUCAAAGGAAGACGUCAAAUGCGACCAAUUCAGCUACCGCAUCAACUGGAGCUAAAAAGAAGAAACGUCGUUCGGGAAGAGAGAAGGAAAGAAGCGCUUCCCCUCAAGAAAUCCCUAUUGAUCCGGACGAGCCAACAUAUUGCCUUUGCGAUCAGGUUUCAUUUGGUGAGAUGAUCGGAUGUGACAACGACUUGUGCCCUAUUGAAUGGUUCCAUUUUUCGUGCGUCCAGCUCACAACAAAGCCGAAAGGCAAGUGGUACUGUCCGCGCUGUCGAGGUGACAGACCAACUGUCAUGAAACCGAAAGCCCAGUUUUUAAAGGAGCUGGAAAGAUACAACAAAGAGAAAGAGGAAAAGGCCUAAAAUGUGUUUUUGUUGUGUGUGUCACUCUUAUCUCCACCAUCUCGUUUUCUUAUCACUUGUGUAUGUAUAAAUCAGAAAAAAGACUGCCUCCUUGUUAUGUGUAGGUAAAAAGUUUUUUUUUUUUUUUUUUUUUUUUUUUUACAAAUUGUAUUUCGUCAAAGUUUAAAUAAAGACGCUCUACUUUC